GUGCUGAACAUGCGGCUCCGGGUCGAGCAUUUAUUUCAAUGAACUAUAUGGCUCACUCGGCCAUGUACACUUACUACGCCAUUACAGCCUAUGGAGUGCGUUUGCCAAAAUGGAGGAUGGAGUGGGAUCUACCAACAUGCCCUCUUCAUAUGGCUUCUUUUACUCAUAUUCUAAAACGAAUAGUGAAGUAA